UUUGAUGUUAAAGCAGUGAGAUAUUGGAAUAAAAUUUGUUUUUAUCCAAGCUCAUAUGGUUAGAUUAUAUUAACAAAUUAACAUUACUUUUAUAAAGACUUUGGAAGAAACAUACACAAAGAAUUAUCUUUUAAUUGACUUAUCAAAAUGCCGGUACACUCAAAGCAGGUUGAUUUUCGAAGCAUCUCAAAGGUACUUAAGGAGGAUGAAACUUUAAACAAAGAUAUUAAGGUCAGUGUGAACCCGACUACGAUGGUAGUCAAAGUGGAGUAUUUGAACAAUGCUAAAGAAGAGAAUGAACUUGAAACAGAUGAAAUCGUAACAACAUCAAGAUCAGUACGAAAGAAGAAGAAAGUGAAUGAAGUUGAUGAUUAUGGACUGAAAAAAGUAUUUAAUAAAUUUAGGGAAGAUUCAAAUGCUACCAUUACUGCAGCAGAAUUUAUGGAGGUGUUGGAUGAAAUGGGAUAUAAAAUCAGCAGAAGCGAAUGUGUGGAGUUGAAAAGAUAUGCGGAUAUCGAUGGUGACGGCAGAUUGGAUUUAAAAGAAUUUCUUAAUAUGAUUAUUUAUGUAUUCUUAAAGAUUGAAGAUACAGAGGAAGAGGUGGUGAAGGCGUUCAAGUUCUUCGAUUACAUGGAUACUGACUUCAUACCCUCUGUUGAGAUGCGCCGCGUGUUAACAAAUCUUGGAGAUAAGUUAACGAACGCUGAAAUCGAUGCAUUUAUACAAAAGGGUGAUUUGGAUCGGGAUGGAAACAUCAAUUAUGCAGAGUUUGCAUCUAAAAUGAACAAACAAAGUGUGCAAUAUGAAAGCAUAAAUAAAUUACGUAUUUGAUCUUACUGGUCACGUGUUUCCUGUAAAUAUAGCAUGCACAACGUGCCUUUUUUUAAAAAAACACGUGACAUAGCCUCUUGUGCAUGUGUUUGUAAUUAUAUAAGCAAAUAACUGCUUGGAAACGGGGCUGCUACAGGGAUAACAAGAUAGCCUGAAAUAAUCUGUAUGUACUUAUAUCCCCAGAAAUGCCUCCUUUUCGUGUAAGCUCCCCGUCCCUGUAAGCAGCUCCACGAUACUCAUAAUAUGAUCUACGUGCGGUAGAAUGGUAUAUUUACCACCAACCUUGUUUUUGGACCUUUUUGUUCCCACCGGUUUAUCUUUUAGUAUCUUACCAAUCUCGUUUUUAGAAAUGUUUUUAGAAAUGUUUGCAUUGGCUCUUUAUAUCUGUUUAUAGCCACAGCGCCGGGGUGAGACACAAAACCUAAAAGUGAGGUGAGGAUACUAGUAAAGACCACUGUUACAAGUUAGAACUUCGUGUGCAUGGACUUGUUAAAAGCAAAUUUUUGAUUGUAAUCUAUUUUUUAGUUGAUUUGAUUACAAAAAAUACUAGGUGUCAUUCUUUUCCAUAUUUGGGUGUGGCCCUUGGUGACUUCAUCAAUUUUCUGGUCAGUAAAAUAUCAAAGAUGGAGUUUUUUAUUUUUUUGUUUCUUGAUUGAUAGAUAAUGUAAAAAUCAGUAAAAAAUGUCAAAAACCAUAUUUAUAAAAAAAAACUGUUAAAAGAUACUAAACGUUUUUAUUUAU